GAAUAUUACCAGUACUUGCUAUUGUUCACCAGCACAGUAAGGGUGAGUCAAUAACGUUAUCAGUAUGUGACAGUUUUAGGGAGUGACUGAGUUAUAAGAGCCUCCACACCCACUAUCAGUAGUCGUUUUUCAACUUUGGGUUUCUGUAUUCCGUUGCCCUUUCAACAAAAGAACCUAAAAUCUUACUUUCUCCGUAUUCUUAGUUAYCUAGUGUUUCUUUGCCARGAUGCAUGUAUUACUACUUAAAGAGCCGAGAGAUGAGGAAUCUGGACCUGAUCCCUACAUGAAGGUAGAAGCACUCYUAUCCGAAUCCAGAAGAAGCUGUAGUAAUGUGAUUGAUGAAAUGGUUUUUACGUGUCAUUUUCUGCAUCUAAAGGMAUUGGAAUCGCAWGGACACAAAGCAACACUCAUCCCUGUCUUGUCUUUUAAGUUUGUCUCAUUGAACACCUUUUCUGAUAAGCUUUUCCAGCCAGAGAAACAUGGUGGCCUGAUCUUUACCAGUCCCAGAGCAGUGGAGGCUGUGAAGAUGUGUUUAGACAUGGGAGGAAGGAGAGAAGAAUGGAACAAAUCCAUAAAAGACAAAUGGAACUCAAAAUCCAUAUAUGUGGUCGGGAARGCAACUGCAGCAUURGUUCAAAGCCUGGGUCUGAAGCCUCUGGGAGAGGACACGGGGACAGCUGAUGUCCUAUCACGUCUUAUUAUUGAAAGAGAGGACACCGAUAUCCCGCCGCUUUUUUUCCCCUGUGGCUCAAUUAAAAGAGAAGUCUUGCCCAYGGCUUUAAGGGAAAAUGGGGUUCCCUUAGAGACGCUGACUGUCUAUCAAACGGCUGAACAUCCAGAUCUUGAGAAAAAUCUGAAAAACUAUUUCACAGAGCAGGGAACUCCAGCAAGUAUAGCUUUCUUCAGUCCAUCCGGRGUGAAGUUUUGCCUGGAAGCAGUGCGAAGUCUGUCGGGUGAACAACUCAAUGAAAUAAAGUUUGCCGCCAUCGGGGCGACUACACGGGACGCCAUGGCAGCGGAAGGCCUCUGUGUGAGCUGCACAGCUGAAAAGCCAACGGCGGAGCAUUUGGCAGCAGCGAUAGCCACGGCUCUACAGCGACCAUCCUGAGGCRUCUGCUCUUUAAAUCCGACCAAUCUAUCUGUUGUCUGUYURGUUCAACAUUGUAUAAAAAAAAUGUCAAAUCAUGUUUAAUAUUUUGCUGCUCAUGUCACCGUUGCUGGACUUAAAAUUUGCACUGAAAAAAUGKUUUGUGUCAUGAAGGGUCAAGGAAGUUUAUUUCAUUUCAAACCUGUUAGUGUUAAGAUUAGUUUUUAAAAUAAAGCUUGGUUAAUGUGA